AUGUUCUGUGCGGCCCGAAAGGACUUCUUAGAUCGUUUCGUCGCCAGCUCUCGGGAAGAGCAAUCCGCGAUGAGUGUGGAGUGGAGCGCCGAUGAUGGAGCUUCUCUCAAUAGUGUGGCCAAUGAGCUCCUUGAGGACUUGACCACUUUCAUCUCGGUCGCGAAGGACAUCAAUAAAUCGGAGCUGGGAGAGCUGGCCGCCCCCCCCCGUCCCCUCUACGCGCUAGACUGCUAG